AUGGUCUGGGAAGGGGUGUCUAGUCACUACAGAACUCCACUGGUAGUGAUUGAUGGCAACAUGACUGCACAUCGUUAUGUUGACCACGUCCUAAGGCCUCACUUGGUGCCCUUCUUGCAAGCCCAUCCUAACAUGACAAAAUUCCAGCAAGACAAACCACGUCUACAUGUUGCUCAUGUCAUGACAGCUUUCUUUCAGAAUGCGAACAUGAGAGUUAUGCCAUGGAUGCCUUAUUCCCCAUACCUGAGCCCAAUUGAACAUUUGUGGGAUGAACUUGGGCAACAUGUGGCUUCUCGAGCUUGGAGACCAUUGAACAAGCAGACGCUUAUCCAGGUAGAAGCUGACCCUAAACAAACUGACAGCGAUGUAGAUGCAGGUGAUUUAAGAAAAGACAUCCCAGACAUAAAUCUCGCUUCUAAAAGACAUUUGUUUGAAGGAGAUAUUGCACUUCUGCCAAGUCGCAAUGGGCUCAGAGAUGAAACAACCAGGUGGAAGUUCCCAAUUCCCUAUAUUCUAUCUGAUACAUUAGAUCUUAAUGCCAAAGGUGUAAUUCAUCAAGCAUUUGAAAUGUAUCGCCUGAAAUCAUGUGUGGACUUUAAACCAUAUGAAGGAGAAAGCACAUACUUACACAUUCAAAAGCUAGACGGAUGUUGGUCCUAUGUUGGAGAUUUCCAUGAAGGUCAAAAUGUUUCCAUUGGUGCCGGGUGCGAUACUAAGGCAAUCGUUGAACAUGAACUCUUACACGCCCUUGGAUUUUAUCAUGAACAGUCCCGAACAGACCGUGAUGACUACGUGAAAAUCUGGUGGGAUGAAAUCCUUCCUGGCAAAGAACACAACUUUAAUAAAUAUGAUGACAACUUUAUCACUGACUUGAACACUCCAUAUGACUAUGAAUCAAUCAUGCACUAUCGACCGCUUUCAUUUAACAAAAACGAAAGUGUGCCGACCAUCACAACAGCUAUACCAGCAUUUAAUGAAAUCAUCGGACAGCGCCUGGACUUCAGUGCCAUUGACUUACUCAGGCUGAACCGAAUGUAUAACUGCACUUCUACCCAUACGUUGCUGGACCAAUGUUCUUUUGAAUUAAUUAAUAUCUGUGGUAUGGUUCAAAACAUGAAUGAUGAUGCUGAUUGGGUUCAGAAACAGGGUACCACAGGGAUGGAGGAUCACACUUUGUUAGGGAAGUGCAGAGAUGCAGGGUAUUUUAUGCAUUUUGAUACCUCAAGUGGACAGAAAGAUAAAAGUGCCCUGUUGGAGUCUCGUAUACUUUAUCCCAAGAGCAAUCAACAGUGCCUUCAGUUUUUCUACAAGAUGACAGGAGGCUCUGAUAACUUGUUGGUAAUCUGGCUUAGAAUGGAUGAUGGAACUGGGAAUGUUCGUACGGUUAUGAAAGUACAGACUGUUAAAGCUGAUGGUGAUGAGUCCUGGAAAAUCGCCCAUGUGACACUGCAUGCCAAAGGCAAAUUCCGAUAUCUCUUCCAGGGCAUUAAAGGAUCUCAAAACACUGGUGGUAUUUUCAUCGAUGACAUCAGCCUAACAGAGACUCGUUGCCCUAACGGUGUCUGGCAAAUUAAAAAUUAUACAGGUCUUCUAAACACCACCAAUAAAGGUGAUAAACUUGAAAGUCCACGGUUUUAUAGUCCAGAAGGUUAUGGAUUUGGAGCCACAAUGUAUCCCAAUGGUCAUCUUGCCUCAACCAAUGAAGGCUACACAAGUCUUUACUUUCAUUUGUGCAGUGGAGAAAAUGAUGCGGUAAUGGAGUGGCCAGCUGCGAACAGGCAAGUCACUAUCACUGCUAUGGAUCAAGAUCCUGAUAUAAAGUUUAGGAUGUCAUCCAGCAGGAGCUUUACGACAGACAAAGACCCUAAGUGGGACAAGCCAGUCAGUGGCACAUUGGACCCUUCUUGUAACUGUUACAGAGGCCCUACUUGGGGAUGGAGUACAUUUAUUUCACAUAAGCAAUUACACCGAAGGAGUUUCCUGAAAAAUGGAGACCUGAUUAUCUUAGUAGACUUCGAAGAUUUGACUUCGCUGGUAAAAACAGAAGUUCCAGUUAAUGCCCACAAGCCCAGUAAUAUCCUGUACACUCAUGAAAGACCCCGCCGUGCUGCAGAGCCUGCUGGGAACUGGAAAGAACGUCAACCACAGUCAGCAGCUCAAGACCCCUGUGAUCCAAACCCCUGUCUGAAUGAAGGGGUUUGUGUGACCAGAAAUGGAGAAGCAUCAUGCAGGUGUGUUCAAAGACAAAUGUUUUUAUAUGCUGGGGAAAGGUGCGAGUCUUCACAGAUCCAUGGAGAUAUUCUGGGAAUGUUGAUUGGUGGAGCUGCAGGAACUCUUACUCUGACCAUUGCUGUUAUUACAAUUUUAACCAGGAGACAUCGAUAGACAGUUAAAUAA